GGCCCCUCCACUUGUUAAAAAAAAAAGCGAUGUCGGCUGAUGGAAACGACGGCUGUGGCGUCGAUCCGUCCGCCAACAUGGAAGACGACUCGGCGUCGCUCGCGAAAAGGUUGGGUGGGGAGUGGGAAGCUUGCUGCGCGUUGACUGGAGGGAGACUGCGAGUGCGAUGGAGGCGGGGGAAGAAUCAUCUCUGCGGGGACUGGAGCCGAGGACCGACGGCGCAGUACUGGCGAUCGUUCAACCCUCCCCUUCUUCCUCUCCAACGACGCCGAGAAGCAGCGAGAUUAAAUAAAGGACAACCCACAAAUGAAUGGAAACAUGGAGGAAACAUCCCAACAUCAAGUGUGGGCCCAGGACGACAUGCUCCAAUUGCUGGAGUCCAUGAAGUCGGCAGUGCCGCAGAAGGACCUGACCAAGUACAAGACGUCUGAGUCCCACCUGGACUGGCAGAAAGUGGCCUUCAACUCCUACACGGCCGAAAUGUGCAGGCAGAAGUGGCUGGAGGUCGCCAAAGAGAUCCGUAAAUUUCGGACUCUCACGGAGCUGAUAUUGGACGCUCAGGAGUACAUCAAGAACCCAUACAAAGGCAAGAAACUAAAGAAACAUCCGGAUUUUCCCAAGAAGCCACUGACACCGUACUUCCGCUUCUUCAUGGAGAAGAGGGCCAAGUAUGCAAAAUUGCAUCCGGAAAUGAGCAACUUGGAUCUGACCAAGAUCUUGUCCAAGAAAUAUCGUGAGCUGCCUGACAAAAAAAAGAAAAAAUACUUGGAUGACUUUGUGAAGGACAAAGAGGUUUUUGUACACAGUAUGAUGAGGUUCAGGGAGGAGCACCCGGAGCUGAUGGAGAGCAUGACUAAGAAAGGCUCAAAUGUUCCCGAGAAGGCCAAAACGCCUCAGCAGCUGUGGUACACCCACGAAAAGAAGGCCUUCCUCAAAGGCCACCCUGACGCUACCACAAAGGAUAUCAAGGACUACCUCAGCAAGCAGUGGACACAGCUGUCGGACAAGAAGAGACUCAAGUGGAUCGCCAAGUCGCUGGAGCAGCAUAAGCUGUACGAGGAGACCAUGCGCGAGUACAUUCAGCAGCAUCCUGAGAUGAACCUGACGCAGGGGGACAUCGUCAAGUCCACGCUGACCAAAGCCGAGAGGCACCUCAAGGAUAAGUCCGACGGCCGUCCCGACAAACCUCCACCGAACGGUUACUCCAUGUUCUGCGCCGAGCUGAUGUCCAGCAUGAAGGACGUGCCCAGCACUGAGCGUAUGGUCAUGUGCAGCCAGCGCUGGAAGCUGCUCAAGCAGAAUGAGAAGGAUGCUUACCAGAAGCGCUGUGAGCAGAGGAAGAAGGAAUACGAAAUUGAGAUGAACAGAUUCCUCAGCAGUUUGUCUGAGGAGGAGCAGCAGAGGGUCUUGGGUGAGGACAAGGGGGGCUUCAAGCGGGGCAGCGGGGCCAACAGCACAGCAGCCAGAAAGAACUCCAAAGCCAAGGCCAACGCGGAGAAACCCAAGCGGCCCAUCUCAGCCAUGUUCAUCUUCUCCGAGGAGAAGCGUCCCAAGCUGCACCAGGAACGUCCGGAUCUCUCCGAAAGCGAACUCACGCGGAUGUUGGCGCGCAUGUGGAACGAGCUGCCGGAUAAGAAAAAGGAGAAGUAUAAGCGACUGGAGGCGGUCUUGAAGGCGGGGUCGGAGAAAAAGGAGGACCGUAGUCUGCCCGACCCACCCAAGACGGCACAGGACAUCUGGCAGCAAAGCGUCAUUGGAGACUAUCUGGCCAGAUUUAAGAACGACCGGCCCAAGGCUCAGAAGGCCAUGGAGGCCACCUGGAGUACUAUGGAAAAGAGAGAAAAGAUCAUGUGGAUCAAAAAAGCGGCAGAAGACCAGAAAAGAUACGAGGUGAGCCAGCGCCACGACGACCUCGGCCCGGCGGCAGCUAAGCGCCAUUCUGCCUGUUGUCCGCAGCGAGACCUGUGCGAGAUGCGUUCGCCCGUCGCCGCCGCCGUGGCCUCUGGGAAGAAGAUGAAGUUCGAGGGCGAACCCAAGAAGCCACCGUCAAACGGCUACCAGAAGUUCUCUCAGGAGAUGCUGUCCAACGGAGAGCUCAACCACCUGCCCAUGAAGGAGAGGAUGACGGAGAUCGGUAGCCGCUGGCAGAGGCUGCCCCUCAAGGACAAGGACCGCUACAAAAAGAUUGCAGAGGAGAUGCAGAGGCAGUACAAAGUGCUGCUGGAGCAGUGGCUGGCCAGUGUAUCUUCUCAAGUUAGGAAUUCCUACAAAGAGUACAACUCACAGAAAAGAAAAACCCCUACAAAAGCAGGAGGCCCCAAGGCAAAGGUCAAGAAAUCGGACACAGAGGAAGAAGAAGAAGACGAUGACGACGACGACGAUGAUGAUGAAAAGGACAGGGCUUCCUCCGAAGCGGGGUCCUCCAGUGAAGAUGAUGAUGACGAUGACGACGAUGAUGACGAAGACGACGACGAAGUGGACGACAAGGAGAACAAGUCAGAAGACAGUAGCAGCGAGUCCAACUCCGGCGGCUCGUCGGACUCUGACUCGGACUGAAGAGAGGCACAGGGGGCUGGACCACCGUGACGACGGGACAGACCAAGCUGAGCCACGGGGGCUUCAUUCGGGGGGGGGGGGGGGGGGGGGGGAUCUCUGCCACUGUGCCAACCCCUGCCCAAGCUGCCACCUCCAUUUCACACCCACUUUUUUUUUUUCUCUCUUUUAAUUUCUUCCCUUCAUCAGCCCCUCGCCGAGUUUUAGUCGGACCUGCAUCCCACUGGUUUGGCGAUGUUCUGAACUGACACUUCACUUAUUUGUUUUGAGUUUUAAAACAAUGUCGUCCAUUUUAUUUGAUUGUUCCACAGGGACGAGCCAGGCUUCUCGCAGCCAAAGAGCACGACGAGCGGGUGGGACACUUCAAGCAGGGAGAGGGGCGGGCAGAAUGCGAGGGUAUUUGUACUGGAAAAAGUUGCACUCUUAAGAAUGUUUCCUUGUUAAUACCAACCCCCCCCCCCCCCCCACCCUUCUACUUUUUCCUCUGCUUUUAAUUUUAUCCCAUUGACUUCUUAAAGAGGUGGUAUUUUUUCAGAUAUAAAAAAGAAAAAAAGAAAAACAAAAGAAGCCAUGAUGAAUGUUUUGGAUUUUUUUUUUCUGUCGUCAUUGCUGGAACGUCGUUUAAAAUGCUGCAGUGAACAAGAUUUCAAUCUCGGUUAUUGUAUCAACCCCCCACCCCCCCCAAGCUUCUUCUUCUUCUUCAUCGAGGGCCGUUCUACUCAUUGAAACCGAGCAGCGGGCGCAACACAAACUGUCUUGACAUUACGCCUCCUUGCAAACACACAUUUACAUUCAUUAUCACAUUUGUAAACAAAAGCAAUUCAUGGGAAGUUAUUUGUUUGGUUUUCUUCGAGGCACUGCACAUUUUGAAGUUUGUUGUUCAUUUUUAUGUCCAAACUACAAAUAAAUCAAGUUGUUGUGCAACGCUUCCUAUGUUCCCCCAUGCAUGCUUUAUUUAAAAAAAACAUUUAAAUUGGGUCUUUUUAAUGUUGUUUGAUCUUGGUUAACUCCCUCCAAAUCUUCCCUUAAUUGUAGAGUGGAUGACACGGACGGACUACAAAAUGAAUGUACAUAUUAGACAUUUUUGCUUGGUGACACACACCAUGACUUACAUUAGUUCUAAUCUUCUGUUUGUAUAAUCUUUCCGAUUUGUGAUUGAAUCAAAGCUAAAAGGGAGGCGGCAGUCAGUGUGUAUUAUUCUUGUAAAUACUCUUUCAUUUUGUAUCGAGUGGUUUUCUUUUCUCCCGUCCGUUGCUUGGUUUUUGUUUUCCUUCAGAUGAAAUGUUUGAAAUGUUGAGAAAAGCAACAACAAAAAAAGCUUUACAACUUUGUACUGCUGAUCAUUUGACCAACAAACAAGAAAAAAAAAAUCACGUUUUCUAUAGCAGAGGGUGUUAUGAUGUCCUUGUCGUUCAAGUAUUUGGGCAAAUAAACACAAUCUUGAAAAA